CACGUGCAAUUAUUUAUAUAACUUACAUGAAAACCUUUACUACCAAGUGAAUCCCUAUACGUUAAAUUGGAUUUGGCUAAUUAUAUUAUACAGCUCUAAAAGAAAAAAUUCGCUGGAGAAUCUAGUCAUUUGAGUGUCGUACACUCACGAGUUCAAUUCAAACUACCCCUUUCCUUUGUCGGCUGAACAAGAUAGUCGACAAUUAUACAAGAAAGUUGAAAUAAACAUGACAAAGAAAUUCGAAUUUAAUUGGCAAAUUGAAGUGCCAGGAUUAUUGAAAAAUGGUUCAACAUUUGAUCGUUGGUUUGAAGAUAAAGAAACCACCGAAUAUGAACCGAAUUGUUUAUUUAAAGUUGAUGAAUAUGGAUUCUUUGUUUAUUGGAAAAGCGAUGGCAAGGAUGGUGAUGUGAUAGAAUUAGCCCAAGUGAGUGAUAUUCGUUAUGGUGGCACACCAAAGGAUCCUAAAUUAUGUAAUAAGAUAAGUAAGCAUGGGUCUAUGGAGGACAUAGAUCAGAAAAGUUUAACAAUAUGUUCUGGUAUUGAUUAUACUAACAUUCAUUAUCAGCACAUUGUCUGUGCGGACGCACAAACAGCCAAGGAUUGGCAAGCCGGUUUGCGAUUAAUUACGCACAACACUAAAGCUUCAAACGUUUGCCCGACGAUUCAAUUAAUGAAACAUUGGAUGAGAUUGAGCUUUCAAGUAGAUCCUAAAGGAAAAGUGCCUGUGAAAGUUAUAUCGAAAACCUUUGCCUCUGGGAAAACUGAGAAACUCGUUUAUCAAGGGUUAGCUGACUUGGGUUUGCCUAGUGGAAAGAGUGACAAAAUGGAACCAAAGGAUUUCACAUUUGAAAAAUUUAAAACGUUGUACUUCAAAAUUUGUCCUAGAAAUGAUAUAGAAGAAUUAUUUCAAUCACUUACAAAAGGACAAUCAGAUACAAUAAAUCUAGGUCAAUUAGUACAAUUUAUGAAUGAGAAACAGAGAGAUCCUAGGCUCAAUGAAAUUUUAUAUCCUCUUUAUGAUGAGAAACGAUGUAUCGAAAUUAUUAAUGAUUAUGAACAGGAUGAUAAAGUAAAGAACGCAAAAUCUUUAACCAAAGAUGGCUUCAUUCGUUAUCUAAUGUCUGAUGAAAACGCCCCUGUAUUCUUGGAUAAAUUAGAAGAAUGGAUGGACAUGGAUCAACCCUUAGCCCAUUACUACAUCAAUUCAAGUCACAAUACAUAUUUGAGUGGUAGACAAAUCGGUGGUAAAAGCACUGUUGAAAUGUACAGACAAGUAUUAUUAGCAGGUUGCAGAUGCGUGGAGUUGGAUUGCUGGGAUGGUAAAGGAGAAGACGAAGAGCCAAUUAUAACUCAUGGAAAAGCUAUGUGCACUGAUAUUCUUUUCAAAGAUGUUAUAUAUGCUUUGAGAGAUACUGCAUUUGUUACCUCAGAGUAUCCUAUAAUUUUGAGUUUUGAAAAUCAUUGUUGCAUGAAGCAACAAUAUAAAUUAGCUAAAUACUGUGACGAAAUUUUAGGCGAUUUGUUACUAAAGGAACCCAUAAAAGAUUAUCCUCUUGAACCCGGACAUCCGCUACCACCGCCAAGUGCAUUGAAACGAAAGAUAUUAAUAAAAAAUAAAAGACUGAAACCAGAGGUGGAAAAGGUUGAACUGGAAUUAUUCCGUUCUGGACAGUUUGAGGUGAAAGAUGAAGUUGUUGAAGACCCUAAUGCACCUCCUGCUCCUCCACCAACGGAACCACCCAAGGAAGAAGUACCAGCUGAAGGAGCUCCACCAGGUGAAGAAGGUGCCGAAGGUGAAGCACCUCCGAUUCAGUAUAGUGGUAGUACUAUGGCAGUGCAUCCAUGGCUCUCCUCGAUGAUUAAUUAUGCUCAACCUAUUAAAUUUCAAAGCUUUGAAACUGCUGAAAAAAAGAAUAUCCAUCACAAUAUGUCCUCGUUUUCCGAGACUGCUGCACUUAACUAUCUAAAAACUAAUGCGGUGGAGUUUGUUAAUUAUAACAAACGUCAGAUGAGUAGAAUCUAUCCAAAAGGUACUAGGGCUGAUUCCUCAAAUUAUAUGCCACAAGUAUUCUGGAACGCUGGCUGUCAAAUGGUGGCAUUGAAUUUCCAAACACCUGAUUUACCUAUGCAACUUAAUCAAGGAAAAUUUGAGUAUAAUGCAACAACCGGGUAUUUAUUGAAACCUGACUUCAUGAGAAGACCUGACAAGAUUUUUGAUCCCUUUUCUGAGGACGUGGAUGGUGUUAUCACUGCUCAGUGUUCUGUCCGGGUGAUAGCUGGACAAUUCUUAUCAGAUAAAAAAGUGGGCACAUAUGUAGAAGUAGAUAUGUACGGUUUACCAGCAGACACCAUUAAAAAGGAAUUCAGAACCAGAAUGGUUCCUGCAAAUGGUUUGAAUCCAGUUUACAAUGAAGAACCCUUUCUCUUCCGAAAAGUUGUACUUCCGGACUUGGCUGUUCUUAGAUUUGGUGUGUACGAAGAAAGUGGCAAAUUACUGGGACAACGUAUAUUACCAUUAGACGGUCUUCAGGCCGGAUAUAGACACAUAUCCUUGAAAACCGAGGCGAAUUUCCCUAUGGCGUUGCCGAUGUUGUUCUGCAACAUUGAGCUGAAGAUUUACGUGCCCGAUGGAUUCGAAGACUUCAUGGCCGCCCUGUCUGACCCGGGUGCAUUCAGCAAGGGAGCGGAAAAACAAGCGGAGACCAUGAAAGGACUUGGAAUCGAGCAAACGGACGCAAAAGCUGAGGCGAAGAAGAAGGAAGAAGAGAAAGCUAAAAAGGAGGAGUUUAAAGCAGAACCAAUCACAGUGGACUCAUUGAAAAAAGAAAAAGCCUAUAAACAAGGGAAGAAGCAGCAAAAGGAACUUGAUACGAUGAGGAAGAAGCAUUUAAAGGAACGACAGACGAUGCAAAAGAAUCAUUGCAGCGCCAUUGAAAAAUUAGUAAAAGGAAAAGAUAAAAAUGCGUUGGUCAACGACGCCAAUGUAAAAAAGGUCAUAAGUGAACAAACCGCACAAUGGUCAGCCAUGGUGGAACGCCAAAGGAAGGAAGAAUGGGAGAUGUUAAAAGGUCACACGGAAAGUGGUCGAGAGGAAUUCAAGAAAUUAAUUGAAGUCGUCCAAGCUACGCAAGUUAAACAAUUACAGACAAAACAUGACAAAGACAUCAAAGAAAUGAACGCGAACCAAGUAAAAAUGUCAGUGGAGACGGCUAAAGAAGUAAUGAACGACAAAGCGUUAAAAACAAAAGGAGACAAAGAUCGUCGUCUCCGUGAAAAGAAAGAACAGAAUACAAAGAAAUUCAUGCAAGAAAGGAAAACCGUGCAGAUCAAACAAGGACGAGAAAAAGAGAAAUUGAAAGUCACUCAUGAGAAACAAGUGGCAGAAUUGGAUGGCGAAAUUGACGCGGCUAUUGAAAUGUACAAGAAUGAAGCUAUUCAAUACGAUUUGUCUUCUAAAACAGAAUUCUAUGUGUAAAUUGUUUAUUGUUUUAUUUAAAAAAAGAGAGUUAAUAAUUGAUAUGAAAAGAAUAUUUUUCUUGAAAUUUGUUAAAAGUUGAUUACUUCGAAUUCUUCCUUUUAUAUGCCAUUUUUGUUAAGAUACAUUUAACUAUUUAUACAAAUAUUUAUAUUUUAUACAAAUUUUAAGAAUUAUAUUAAUGCCAUCAAAAUUUAGGACAGUAAGAUUUCAGAAUUAAAGACA